AUGGCCAUUCAUUUAUGGUUUCUGAUUCAUCUUCUCCUAAUCCUUCUCUCUACUAUUUCCGUCUCCAGCAACGUGUUCGUGAGCAUCAAUUGCGGGGCUUCGGGUUCUUACACCGAUGAAAACUCAAUCGCGUGGACAGGAGAUGCUGAUUUGAUCUCCAAUGGUGUUCCGCACACCGUGCAAUCUAAUUACUCGAUAUCUCCUCUUUACGACACCUUGAGGGCCUUCACCACCCGUAGAAAGAAUUGCUAUUCGAUAGAAGCGGAAGAGGGGGGGAAAGUUUUGGUUCGUGUGGUUUUUAACUACGGGAACUAUGACGGAAAGUCAACUCCUCCGAUGUUCGACCUUCAUCUCGAUGGGAACUUUUGGGUCACCGUGAACACUUCGCAAGCGAUAUAUUACGAAGCCAUUUAUGUCGUGAAACGGAAAGUUAUUAGCAUAUGUGUGGCACAAACAAACCCGAACCAGUUUCCGUUCAUAUCGUCUCUUGAAGUACGUAGCGUCGACCCACGAGCGUACAACCACAUCGGUCCGAAUUAUGCGCUAUUCAGGAACAUAAGGAAUGGUUAUGGCUUAAAUGAAACCAUAAGGUUUCCGACAGACCCUUAUGAUCGAGUGUGGAAUGACGUAAACAUUGGUAAUGGACUACGACGUGUCGUUAAUGACGCAUCUUUUAUCAAUGCUAAUACGUCCAGUAAUCCUCCUCAAGCGGUCUUAAAAAGCGCAAUCACGCCGGUGAACGAUACUGACUUCAUAUCCUUGGGAUUGGAUACCAUUGCAUAUCCGUUUCAUUAUCCAAUGUACAUAAACUUCUAUUUCAUUGAAGUCAAACAACUCAAUGCUACAGAGACACGAUCUUUCAGAAUCUACAUAGACGCUGUACCAUUCUCACUCCCGAUUGUACCCCAUUUUGGAAAUGCAACCGAAUAUUUCAUCUCUAAUCUUUCAGUCACUGCCGACACUAGUUUUCAUAUAGUCGGUACCGGUGGUUCGAUGCUUUCCCCUCUCCUCAGUGCCAUCGAGAUUUUUUCAAUCAGUAAUGCUCUAAACAAUGGAACCAACAACAGUGAUGUGGAGGGUUUAAUUUCUCUGCAAAAGGCAUUUGACGUUUUACAAGAAUGGGGUGGAGACCCGUGUCUUCCGGCGCCAUAUUCAUGGGAUUGGAUAAAAUGCAACAAUGAUUCCGUACCCCGCGUAACAUCACUAAAUCUUAAUAGUUUCAACCUCUCUGGACGACUUCCAGACUUUCGUAACAUGGAUGCUCUUGAAAUAAUAGAUUUACAUAAUAACAGCUUGACUGGACCGGUACCUGAUUUCCUUGGCACCAUGUUGAAUCUUAAACAACUAAAUUUGGCAGAUAAUCAAUUCAGUGGAUCUAUACCAAGAUCACUAUCAAGAAAUUCUCAGUUAAUUUUAUCAGAUACAGGAAACCCCUUGCUGUGCACCAACGUUACGUCUUGCACAAGGAGUAGCUCAAAUAAAAAGAAAACCAUUAAAUUUUCGACGAUACUCACUAUUAUCAUUCCGGUGUUCUUCAUUUUCUAGGCUAUCAUCGGUAUUUUUAGUCAUUUUCGUCACAUACAGGAAAUAGAGAUAGGAGUUACAAAGCAGAUGGUCCAAGUAAUGGUACAUGAGAAACUGCGACUGGGGAUAAUUUUGACGACAAAGGUGUCAGCAUCUUGAAAGGGAACACACUAAAUAUCAGUUCUAUAGCAAAAAAAAUUAGAAAUUCCAUUUUCGGUCUACAAAAAAUGUUAUAUCACGAUGCAUCGUUCGAAUAUGCAACAAAUAUAGGUGUAUAUGUAUGUGUGUGUACUAAAUUUCUUGAUGUUAAUUAUAA